AGAGGGAUGACCUUGAUCUUAAUUUCAACCUUGGUACAACCUUCUACCUGAAUACCCCCAUUAUUCUUCCAGUACUGUAAAUAGACUAACCUUACCAUGGUUCUCAUAAUGCUUAUGUUGCUAACAUGUGAAUUAUUCUUAUAUGUAGUUUUGGUUCUUAAAUCAAGUCUCACACUGAUGUAGAUGUCUGUCAUAGAACAAAGAGAAGUUUACUUUGGCUGCUCAAGAUGAUGGGAUGUUUGUCCUAUUCUAAUUCAUAUAAAGAGCAGUGACGGACCAUGGCGCACCACAGUCAAGCAAUGUUGCUCAGUGGCUAAGCAUUAAGAAAAAUAAGUCAGAAUCAUGUGAGACACCUCCCGCAAGGGAUACUACUGUACCUAACCAACCUCAAGUAUUGGAGAAAGGUGAUGUUUUGAAGCCAGCAGCUUCGUGAAUUACUAACAGUGCCAACAACAAAGCAGUGGACAUCCGUUGCAUCUUGGAGCGAUCUGUGCCUGGACAGCAGGGUGUGGAAUCAGCUAAGGUACAUGUGGGAUGUUGCCAAUUUGUGGGUGCUUCUUUUCUAGCUGUCAACAAUUUGCACAGAGGCUAUUUAUUUUUAGUUGUGAACACAGUACUCUAAUAUGUUGAUGCUGUUGAGCGAAGUUUAAUUCUCUAAAAAUGGGCUGUCGUUAGGAAUAUAGUAUCUGGAGAUAUCGUUGGAUUGACUUGCUUAUUUGCUUUCCUGUUAGUUCUUGGCAGCCCAAUCCUCUGUUAGCUGGGCUGCCCCGUUAUACUUUAGGACAUCAGGGCGCAUCCUAAUAUCAUCGACAUUCUAGCAGACACACUGCUAGUUACAACGGUAGCAAGAGCUAUUUUUUACUGCGAUUCAAGUUCAGUUAUAACCAAUUCUAUGAGGACGGCGAAAACCUUCGGACAAUCAGUUUCCUAACUUGCAGUGCUCUUCCUUGAAUCGUCUCUCUUGUGGCAGGAGUAUCUGCCGGGAGGAGGACCGGAUGCAUUACAAGAAAAGAAAGAAUAGUAAUGGUGCCUGCGUGCAAACAAUCUUUAGAACCGGGCUCUUGUGAAUCUGGGCGGUCCUACGCUCAAAGCCCAUAUCUCAGAUGCAUGCCCAUUGGAAUAGCCCAUCACCAGGACGAAAUUAUUCAUUUAGCGCAGUUCCCCUUUCCUCUCUUAUACCAACUUCACAUCCUAAACAACAAAAGGAAGGGCAAGCAAACCCGACCUGGUGAUCUUUUGAUCAUUUUAUUGAUGCGAUUUUCAGUGAAAGCUGAGAUGGGGCAAUUGUGGAGGGUCAACUAUUGUCUUAUUUUUCUUAUUCCUCUAUCCUAAAUUAACACUUGAUGAGGAUUAGUCAUGCAAACUGUACCAUGCCAUUCUCAUGUGCUCAUACGGUCAUACCAGCUUCUAUUUGAUUGUAGAUAUAAGGGGGGAAAAGUGUAUGUAGAAUAUCUGGUAGGCUAUAAUUAAAAGCCAAAAUGUCAUAUUACUGUUGAUGGGAUGAGAAAGAUAUUGUUCUCUUGGGAUUAAGUGUCUUGAGAAAACACUAAAAAUCCAGGUGACCUCCCUAUCUGCCUCAUCUCAAUAUUGUCAUUCAGAAGAUUUGUAAAUUAUGUAAUAAUUGUUAUUUGGAUCAUGCUUUAUAUUUCACAGUAAUCCAGGACAGUGAUUUCACUCAGAGGCUCUGGAUUAUCCAUAUAUUACUUUUCACUCAGUACGGAUUUCUUCGGUGCAUGUGUUCACAUGCUUGCUAUUAUUUUCUCUUGGGGGCAUCUACGUUGCUCUCUCUCCAAUUUAAAUCUCUGGGAGCAAGCCAUGAUUGUUGGUCUCACAUGCAUCUGUUUUGUGUAUAAUUUGAUCUACUACUAUUGUUGAUGGCACUUGUUCCACCAGACUCGACCACUGACUGAGCACCUGUUUUUUUUCUGAUAAUGCACACAAGCAGGUUGCGGGGUGUAUUUUCGCACUCUAUAUUUGGUAUUUUCUUUGUAUUUGGUAUCAUGAAGUAUUGAGCGGCAAUGGUCAUGGUUGUGACCAUUUCCUAUUGUGUCUUUCAUGUCUGCAAAAGGUAAAGUUAGCUGGUAGUACAUACUCCCUCCGUCCCAAAAUAAGUGUCUCAACUUUGUACUAGCUCUAGUAUAAAUUUGUACUAAGCUCAAUACACUUAUUUUGAGACGGAGGGAGUACUUGCUAGCCACCAAAGGUGCCCCAAAUUUUGCGCGCACAGCAGCACCAUUUCCCGUGAUAAUAUGUACGCUUGUGCAGGGUUAGCGGGCACUACUAACUAACAUUGACAUCUUAUUGCAGCAUGUGCUCCGACAUUGCUGCCAUUAAUCUACAAAAAUGGUGAUCUUUCGAUUAGAUUCUUCCUUUCUUGACUAAAUUAUUGGUCUGCGCCUUUGUUUCAGCUGCCCCAGAUCCUGCGCGCUCGGUGUCUGCUGAUGAGCAUGCAAGGCAAGCGUCUCCCAUGUGCCGGAUGCCGCGAACAAUUCCGUGUGGUAAUCGGCUGACAGAGACGGUGGCGAUCGUGUUUGUGGAUUGCAGGGCUGGACUUGUUUCUGGGCGCAAUAAAGAUUUGGUCAUGGCUCCGUUUCCAGCCCAUGUUGAGGUUCUCGGUGCCUCCUCGGGGAAAGGGCCGGUGGUUCCCAAGUUCGGGUCGUGGGACGCCGAGAACAUCGGCUACACCGUCUUCUUCGAGAAGGUGCGCGAGAACAAGGCCGCGCCCGUGCCGGGCACGGCGGCGCCAGCGCCCAGGGGGCACGACGACCAAGAGUUCGACCCCUACGAGUACUACGAGAACCUCAGCCGGAACGUGCCCUCGCGCCCGCCCAGCUCGCACGGCCACGGCCACGCGGCCCCGGCGCAGCACUAUGACCACCUCGGCGGUAACGUGCCCUCGAGGCCGCCGACCUCGCACGGCCACGGACACCCCUCGCCGGCGCAGCACUACCCCGCGCAGCACGGCCACGGGGGCUACCACCGGCGGAACGGGAGCAAUGGCAGCAGCGCCGCGUCCGAGGUCAGCAGCCGCGCCAGCAAGUUCUCGCCGCCCAGGCCGUACCAGCCGCGCUACGGCAACAGCGGCGGCAGCUACCACCAGCCCCAGCAGCAGCAGCAGGUCGCCGGCGCGUACGCCGCCCCGGUGCCGAGGCACCACCAGCAAGCGGCGCCAGCGCCGAGGGUCACCGCGUCCCCGCCGGCUAACGAGCGGCGCCCGGGCCAGGGCGUGCCACCGCAGGCCCGUGCCGCCAAGGCCCCGUCGGCCGUGCCCAAGUUCGGCGUGUGGGACGAGCAGAACGCGAACGCGGCGGCGCAGGGCUUCACGGUGCAGUUCGAGAAGGUGAAGCGGCACCGGGAGGUCGCCAAGGCCGCCGCGCCGGACGUGCCGCCGGUCGCGAAGCGGCAGCUCUCGCCGGACCGGGUGGUGCCCACGUGGGGCCACCCGCGAAGGAAGCCCAAGAAAUCCUUCCUGUCGAAGGUCUACGGGUGCCUGUUCCCAGUGGUCAGACAGUGACGGGGCAGCUGGUUGAUAAUAUUAACCCGACCAUAGCGGCUGCUGCUUUUGAUCUCAUAUAUGUUUUUCUGGAAGGAACCCUGUAGUGUACACAGUAUUUCAUUUGUUCAUUCGUUGUUCGUUAUGAGUAAUAUAUAUACUCCUGGUAUUAAUAAAUCAUGGCAAGAUAAAAGCACUUGGCGUAUACGUA